UUAGGCGAUAAUGAAGUUGUAGCGAGGUACGUGCGAGAUGAUAAUGGGAAUAUCUUGGCGUGAAUGAAGACUAUAUAAUGCGUUUGAUCUCGCCGUAAAGGAAUCUCCAUCCAACACAAUCAUUACUAUCCUUUCAAAAUGAUCUCAAGAGUACUUGCCAUUUCUUCUCUUCUGGCUGCGGCCCGCGCCCAACAGAUUGGUACAAACACCGCAGAGGUGCAUCCUGCCCUCACGGUCAGUCAAUGUACUGCCAGUGGCUGUACUACUUCCAGUCAGUCUAUUGUCGUCGACGCCAACUGGAGAUGGCUCCACACGACCAGUGGUUACACCAAUUGCUACACAGGCAACUCUUGGGACGCCACUCUUUGCCCUGAUGCAGUAACAUGCGCUGCAAACUGUGCUUUGGAUGGUGCCGAUUAUUCUGGAACUUAUGGAAUUACCACGAGUGGCAAUUCGGUUAAGCUCAACUUCGUCACCAAGGGUACAAACACCAACGUCGGUUCUCGUACCUAUUUGAUGGCUGCUGGAUCAAAAACACAAUAUCAAUUGCUUAAGCUUUUGGGACAAGAGUUCACAUUCGAUGUGGACGUUUCGAACCUCCCAUGUGGUCUCAACGGCGCCUUGUACUUUGCUGAAAUGGACGCCGAUGGAGGAGUGUCUCGCUUCCCAACCAACAAGGUAACCAAUAACUCCAAGUCUGUUUGCGUAACAAAUGCUGAUUGUUUUCUUUUAGGCUGGUGCCCAAUAUGGUACAGGUUACUGUGAUGCCCAAUGUCCACAAGACAUCAAGUUCAUCAACGGUCAAGUAAGUAGCCUGUGAUAUCUUUCAAAUUUUUCAUCAUGUCCUGACUAUACCACAGGCAAACUCCGUUGGCUGGACUCCUUCCACCAAUGACGUGAACACUGGCACAGGACAAUAUGGUUCAUGCUGUUCAGAGAUGGAUAUUUGGGAGGCAAACAAGAUUUCUGCCGCUUAUACUCCUCAUCCAUGUUCAGUCGACGGACAAACUCGUUGCACCGGAACAGAUUGCGGCAUUGGAGCCAGAUACUCCUCCCUAUGCGAUGCUGACGGAUGUGACUUCAACUCUUACCGCAUGGGCAACACGGGAUUCUAUGGUGCAGGUCUUACUGUAGACACCGGCAAAGUCUUCACCGUCGUCACUCAAUUUAUCACCAACGAUGGAACAACAUCUGGCACUUUGAGCGAAAUCCGCAGAUUCUACGUUCAGAACGGCAAAGUUAUCCCCAACUCCCAAUCUAAGGUUACUGGAGUUUCUGGCAAUUCUAUCACCGACUCUUUCUGUGCCGCACAAAAGACUGCUUUCGGCGACACCAACGAGUUCGCCACCAAGGGAGGUCUUGCUACCAUGAGCAAAGCCUUGGCAAAGGGAAUGGUACUUGUUAUGUCCAUCUGGGACGACCAUUCCGCCAACAUGUUGUGGCUCGAUGCCCCAUACCCAGCAAGCAAAUCUCCAAGUGCUGCCGGUGUCAGCCGAGGAACUUGCAGCGCCAGUUCAGGUACUCCCGCAGACGUCGAGGCCAACUCUCCAGGCGCCUCUGUCACCUACUCCAACAUCAAAUGGGGCCCCAUCAACUCCACCUACUCAGCUGGCACUGGCUCUGGCUCUGGCACUGGCACUGGCUCUACAACCACAUUGGUUAGCUCCGUACCAAGCUCCACUCCAACUUCUACUACUGGUGUUCCCAAAUACGGCCAGUGUGGAGGUAGCGGAUACACCGGAUCAACCAACUGCAUCGCAAGCACCUGUGUUUCCAUGGGUCAAUACUACUCCCAAUGCCAGUAAAUUCUCUCUUUUUGGAAACAAUUUAGUUUUCGAUCGAGAGCAGAGAUCUCAACGAGUCUGUACAUAGGGUCGGCUAGAUGUUGAUCACAUUCUUUCAUGUAUUUAGUUAUUAACAAUUUGAAAUCGCGAUUCCAAGACGGGAAAAGAGAAGCAGGACACAUGGGCACAUAAUGAAGUCAAUCG